AUGUGCAUUUUCUGCAUCCUCAAGACUUCAAGCAGCUCAGUUCAGCAGAGCUUUUCUGAGAAAUAUUUGACAAGCAGUUACUUCCAGGAGGCAGUUUCAGUUGUAGUUUCCCCCUUGCCAGGAUCCCUCAGUCUUUGUUAUAACCUGAUAGUGCUGUCCCAGGAUGGAUCUGUGCAUUGGAGAUUUUUCACAGAAGGACGCAUGGAGGGCCAGGCCUUCCUGCAUGAAGACAGUAACAUAGACAUGGCAGAGGCACAGGGACUGUGGGCAACAGUCCUGGUACCUAAGAAGUGGGACACAGAGACCAAGGACUUGAGAGAGCGUGGGAAGAGCCUCACAAAGACUCUGGCAGACACUGUGGCCCUGCAGGCCCAGAAAGGAGUGUCCCCAACAGUAAAGGUCACCUGCAGCCAGGCCCUGGAGGGCAUGGUCACCAUGACGUGCUAGGCUUUCAGUUUCCCUCCCGGGAAUAUCUUCCUGAUGCUUCAGGAUGAGGAUCCUGUGAGCCAAGAUGCCCAGCAGUAGGGAGUCCUUCCUGAUCGGAAGGGGACCUACUGGAUGUGUGUGGUCAUAAGGAUUUCCCAGGGAGAGGAGCAGAGGUUCUCUUGCUACAUGGAAGCCCCUGGAACCACAUUGCACACUGUGUACCCUCAGGUGAGACUGCAGUGAUCAUGGAGGAGGCUCUGGCCCUGAUCAGGUCAGGAGCCAGGGUGGGGAGAGGAAAGUAGGGAUCCCAGGUUAAUAUAAGGCCUUUUUCCAAGAAAUGCCCUGGUGCACCAGAAUGGAUGACCAACCAUUGGGGUGUUAUGGUUGCUUCUGUUGCUUUUGUUAUUGCCAUUAUUGUUGUGUCCUUUCAUGCAGGAAGAAAU